AUGCCCAAAGCCGUCGCUGAGAAAGAGACCACCAAGCGGGGAAAGAAGGACGUCGACCCCAACAAGCCCAAGCGUGCUCUCUCCGCCUACAUGUUCUUCGUUCAGGACUACCGAGACCGAAUCAAGUCUGAGAACCCCGACGUCUCCUUUGGUGAGGUGGGAAAACUCCUCGGAGCCAAGUGGAAGGAGCUUUCCGCUGCUGAGAAGAAGCCAUACGAGGACAAGGCGGAGGCUGACAAGACUAGGGCCGCAAAGCAGAAAGCUGCGUACGAGAAGAAGUAG